AUGGCGUCGCCGAUGCCCACGAAAGCCGCCAUGGCAAGUUCCUCUUCGGCGCCGGCGCGGGCGCUUCUGGACGGCGGGCGCGUGCGGGUGCUGGCGAUCGACGGCUGCGGCGGCACGGGCGCCGAGGACGCGCUCCUGGCCGCCGCCGCGCUCGCGAGGCUCGAGGCCAGGCUGCGCGACCACAAGGGCGACACCGACGCUCGCGUGGCCGACUUCUUCGACCUCUCGGCGGGCGCCGGCGCAGGCGGAGUGCUCGCGGCGAUGCUGUUCCUGAGGGGCGUCAACGGCCGGCCGUGGUACACGGCCGACGAGGCGCUCGCGUUCGUGGCCGGUAGCGUCUGCGGCGGGAAGAAAGGCGGCUGGGGAGGCCGGCGCGGGCCUCGGUGGGCGAAGCCGGCGAGAACGAGCGGAUAA